GGUUUAGGAAUCACUCUGUGACCCAAAGUUCAGCGAUGAAGAAGAUCUGGAGACAAAGUUGGCAGUGUUCAAAGAGAAGUACAUGGAGUUUGACCUGAACAACCAAGGCGAGAUUGAUUUGAUGUCCGUCAAAAGGAUGAUGGAGAAGAUGGGGGCCCCGAAGACCCACCUAGAACUGAAGAAGAUGAUCUCUGAGGUGACGGGAGGGGUUAGCGAGACCAUCUCGUACCAGGACUUUGUCAACGUCAUGCUUGGGAAACGCUCUGCUGUGCUUAAACUGGUCAUGAUGUUUGAAGGAAAAGCCAAUGAAAGCAACCCAAAACCUUCUGGUCCACCUCCAGAGAGAGACAUAGCCAGCCUCCCUUGAAGAGGACGGGCUGAAACGCUGGCACUGUUUGCUUUGCUGGUCUGUAACAGAGGUUACCUGUGCUUUGUUACUCUUUACUGUGGACAGUCCUAGUUUUCAACUAACCUGCCUUAGAGGAACAGCAAGGGAAGCUGGAGACGCCCAGCUCGUGUCUUUCUGCUGCAUCCCUUAGCCAACUUGAUUUGUUAGACAGGAGCUGUAGCACCAAGUGUAAUGUGAGACCAAAAAAAAAAAAAAAAUCCUGUGAUUUUUACUCUUUCCUCUGCCCUUCCUGCAUCUCUCAGACGAGGAGCUACUUUCCUCCCAGCAUGUGGAUUCAGAGCUGUGCUUGUCACAACAGGUUCCUACAGGGCCUUGCUGGAAAUAAGUGCCUUCUCUGCUCCGUCCUACGCUUCCUGAUUUUGGACUAGUUCUUCCCCUCCUGACCUCACCAAAACAUGAGUCAGGCUCCCACCUCUGUGGCCUAGUCACCUGCUAGGUGAAUGUGGGAAAGUGAGUGGCCACCAGAGGUGUGCUUGGCCACCAGAGGUCUGCCUGCAGGGCAUUUAAGCUUGGAGGUGGGCAUGGCUGAUCACAGGGGCAGCUUCUGCCUGCUCUGUGGGUUCAUCUGCAGCCAGAUCUCAGUGGGUCCAACACCAGCCACUGCAAGUGAGGAUGUUUAAAGCUGCCUUAGGGGUCCCCUUCCUGAGAAAUCUCUACUUAGAGCCCAUCAGGAGGCCAACCUCCGAAGAGGUGGUUGUCUCUCCUGCCCAUUGAGUGCAGGAAUGAGCCUGCUGUUUUGCCUGUGCAGCCCCCCAGGAAGGUCUAGGGGAAAUUCAACCUUCAGGUGAAAGGAAGCUGGGUGACUAAACUGUGAGCCCUGCCAGACCAGUUGCAGAUGAGCAUCUGUCCUCACGCUGCUGCUCUCUCCCUCUGAUUUGUGCAGACCUCCCUGUAUGUGUUUCAGCAUGGUCCCCUGGGCCAUCGAGUGUGUUUCCCUGAUGGAUGAGCCCUCAAGUCUGCAAAAUAAGAACGGCUCUAAGUGUGGAGUACGAGCUGGGAUCCAGAUGUUGCUGGGACUGUGCUAUCCGCACUCUGGUUACUGCAGGGAUUCUUGCUCUAUGCACAAUUUCUGGAAUCCAGAUGUUUGCUCUUUGCCCUUUCCCUACUCUUUUCUUAAAUGUUCUUGGCAGCUUUUAACUUUUUUUUAAAUCACGGUUUAAUAAAUAAUUUUUUUAAAGGAAAUACAGAUGAUUAACUCUACUAGGCUGAUUGUUCCUGCCAAAGGCUGCACUUUUAAAUAAAAAAAAAAACCAACAACAA